ACCCAUAACACACAAACGCUUCUUAUCGACGGCAUAUCGUCUUGGAUUGCUGUGUAAUAGUUUAAGAGUAUCUCGACAAGGAGAGGAGGCGGCCAUGGAACCAAUCCCUUGCUUAUUCUCUACUCCAAUGAGCCAUGAAUUGUUGGUGGCAGCGAGGACAGGCGACGUCAGCGUACUCGGAGGGAACGACUCCCUCGUUCAAGUCACGGCCGAAAGGAACACCGUGCUUCACAUUGCGGCCAAGCUAGGACACACUAACUUCGCCUCCAUAGCCCUCAUCCGACAGCCCUUCCUCCUCACGAUCCAAAACCGACAAGGAGACACUCCGUUGCACUGCGCUGCCAGAGCCGGCCACACGCCCAUGGUGGAUGUCUUCAUCCCUCACCCUCCCCGUCGGGGCGAUCCUGAACGUCGGCUGCCCUACAUGGUAAACAACGUUGGUAACACAGCCUUGCACGAGGCGGCACUGAACGGCCACGAUUCCUUCGUCGAGGAACUGAUGACGAAGGCUCCGGGCGUAUCGGCGGUGACCAACAACGUCAACGGCGUGUCGCCCCUCUAUAUGGCGGUGGAAAGCGGGUCAGCGUCGAUCGUGCGGCGUUUGCUGGCGGCGACGGAGGCGUCAUGCGACGGACCUAAUGGGCGGACAGCUUUGCACUCAGCCGUGCUCAGGAGCUCCCCUGUGGAAAUCACAAGGAUGUUGCUGCAGCAGAGGGCCAGUUUAACCCGAAAAGCCGAUGCCGCCGGACUCGUACCUCUCCACUUUGUAGCCGCCCGCGGAGACCUCGAAAUGGUGAGACUUCUGCUACAAAAUGAUGCAUCUACUGCGUAUUUGCGAGACAAUGGUGGCGCCUCUGCAAUCCAUGUCGCUGCAAGCUUCGGGCAUGUGAACGUGAUCAAACAUCUCAUCGAAACAUGCUCCGGUUGUACGGAGGUGAGGGACGGGGAGGGCAGCAACUUCUUCCACGUAGCCAUCAGCAAACGAAGAGAACAAGUGGUCCGAUUUGUGGCUACAUCACCUCGUCUCACUGAUCUCUUGAACGAGCCGGAUUCGGAUGGGAACACUCCCCUGCAUCGAGCUAUAAUAUCUCGAGACAUGCCCAUCAUACAAAUGUUGUCGUCCAGUCCAAGCGUCAAGCUUAGUGCAACCAACAACCGCGGUCAAUCCGCUCUUGAUGUCGCUCUAUCCAACACAAGGAACCGCCUGGGAAUCAAAAUGUUCAAGGUAGUGAUUGAUUUGACGAAUAAGGGUGCGCGAUUCAGUGACCCGCAGCUCCUUCAGGACAUGGUCCAUCAGACCAAAAGGGCACGGUCGAAGAGAAGAAUCAUAAAGAAAUAG